UGGAUGUUUGAAUGUCCAGUCACUCCGCAGUCCUGAAACCGCACUGAGGUCGUGUCGGUGCGGCUAUGAUGCUGAGAUUGGGCUUCGCACGGUCUCCAUCACCAAGCACCACCAGACACAUCGCACAGUACAGUCUCUUCACCGGAUCCUUUAUGCGAAAAAACACCCCUCAUACUCCUUAUGUCCAUAAGAGCUCCGGACCAGCAAAAGCGCUUCAGUUUGUCCAAAAGUCAGUGGCUUUCAGUUUCAGAUUGUCCUGGGACAGCUUCAGAUCUUCUGGAGCCGUCUGCUUUAGCAUGGCAUCAGGAGGUGAUGGACAAACCACAUCAAAGCCUCCGAAACACACCAACCGCCUGAGUAAAGAGAAGUCCUCUUAUCUACUACAGCAUGCGCACAACCCUGUGGAUUGGUAUCCAUGGGGGAAAGAGGCCUUUGACAAAGCGAAGAAUGAAGACAAACCAAUUUUUCUGUCAGUGGGUUAUUCCACCUGUCACUGGUGUCACGUGAUGGAGAGGGAAUCCUUUGAAGAUGAGGAGAUUGGAAAAAUCCUCAGCGAGAACUUUGUGUGCAUAAAGGUGGACAGAGAGGAGAGGCCCGACGUUGACAAAGUUUACAUGACAUUUGUGCAGGCAACCAGUGGUGGUGGUGGUUGGCCAAUGAGCGUUUGGCUUACACCAGAUCUCCGGCCGUUCAUAGGUGGAACAUACUUCCCACCCAGAGACAUGGGAAGAAGAGCUGGACUAAAAACUGUGCUUCUACGAAUUAUAGAACAAUGGCAGAAUAACAGAGAAACAUUGGAGUCCAGUGGAGAGAGAGUACUGGAAGCCCUUAGAAAGGGGACAGCAAUCUCUGCCAACCCUGGAGAAACUCCUCCAUCCGGCCCAGAUGUUGCCAACAGAUGUUUUCAGCAGCUGGCUCACUCCUAUGAGGAGGAAUAUGGAGGCUUUAGAGAGGCACCAAAGUUCCCUUCACCAGUGAACCUGAUGUUCCUGAUGUCAUUCUGGGCAGUAAAUCGAGCAACCUCCGAAGGAGCAGAAGCGUUGCAUAUGGCUCUUCACACUCUCAGAAUGAUGGCACUAGGAGGCAUUCAUGACCACGUGGCACAGGGUUUUCAUAGAUACUCGACAGAUUCCUCCUGGCAUGUUCCUCAUUUUGAAAAGAUGUUGUAUGAUCAAGCCCAGCUUGCUGUGGCUUAUAUCACUGCUUACCAGGUGUCUGGGGAACACUUUUUUGCAGAUGUGGCUCGUGACGUGUUGCUUUACGUCUCCAGAGACUUAAGCGACAAGUCUGGUGGGUUUUAUAGCGCUGAGGACGCAGAUUCCUUUCCCACGACCGAAUCCACUGAGAAACGAGAGGGAGCGUUUUGUGUGUGGACAGCAGGAGAGAUCAGAGAGCUACUUCCUGAUUUUGUGGAGGCCGCCACAGGAGGUGUGACACAGGCCGAUAUCUUCAUGCAUCAUUACGGUGUGAAAGAGCAAGGAAACGUCGACCCUGCGCAGGACCCCCACGGAGAGCUGCAGGGGCAAAAUGUGCUGAUUGUGCGUUACUCAGUGGAACUCACCGCUGCUCAUUUUGGCAUCAGCGUGGACAGACUGUCCAAGCUGUUAGCACAUGCCAGGACCAAGCUGGCCGAGGUGCGGAGGGCCCGUCCGCCUCCUCACUUGGACACCAAAAUGCUUGCGUCCUGGAACGGGUUGAUGCUGUCUGGGUUUGCACGUGUUGGAGCCGUUCUGGAGGAUGAGGCGCUGCUGAAACAGGCUGAGCAGGCAGCUUGUUUUCUCAAACAACACCUGUGGGACGAUCAAGGCCAGAAGAUUCUUCAUUCCUGCUAUCGUGGAAAUAACAUGGAGGUGGAGCAAAUCACUUCCCCCAUCGCAGGCUUCCUGGAUGAUUAUGCCUUCGUGGUGUGUGGGCUGCUGGACCUGUUCGAGGCCAAGCAGAAGGUCCGCUGGCUGGAGUGGGCAGAAGAGCUCCAGCAGAGGCAAGAUGAGCUCUUCUGGGAUUCCCAGGGCAGUGGCUACUUCUGCAGUGACCCCUCAGAUCCAACACUGCUGCUGGCUCUCAAACAGGAUCAAGAUGGUGCUGAGCCCAGCGCGAACUCCGUCUCGGCCAUGAACUUGCAACGGCUUUCCCAUCUCACAGGCAGGCGUGAAUGGAUGCAGCGCUCCCAACUAUUGCUGGCCGCCUUCUCUGAUAGACUGCUUAAGGUGCCAAUCGCCCUCCCAGACAUGGUUCGGAGUGUUUUGGCCCAACAUUACUCCCUUAAACAGAUUGUUAUCUGUGGCCAGCCUGACGCUGAGGACACUGCCAGUUUGAUUUCCUCUGUCAGCUCCCUCUUUCUGCCUCAUAAAGUCCUGAUUUUAUCUGAUGGUAACAAAGAGGGCUUCCUUUACAAAAGGCUUCCCAUCCUCUCCACCCUUGUUCCUCAGGAUGGUAAAGCCACGGCGUACGUCUGUGAAAACUUCACCUGCGCUCUCCCCGUCACCUGCCCGCAAGUGCUCAGGAGGCUGCUGCUGGAGUGAGAGCAUCCGUCACGCCGUUUGAGCAACGUGGGACGCUAGAUAUCUCAAAAUUACACCGGUAGAAAAACAGCAUCCAUCAAACAACAGUCAUGAAAUGAAAUGCACUGUAAGAUAUUACAUGGUGGUAAGGUAAACCCCUGGGGGGUGCGGUAUUGGUAUUUGUGAUGUUAAACCUCAUUUCUAGACUUAUCUCGCAAGCCAGUAGUCCUGGGAGAUAAAAGUACAAUAAUAUCAUAAUGUGAGGUGGAACAUUGAGACUGAACCUUUUAUAGGUUUGUCUCAUGGGCUAAAGUGAUUGACAGCCUGCUUUUAAAAAGAUCAAGCAUGUUUUUUCCACAACCUUUCUAUGCACAGUAGCUUGCCAGACCUGUGUAAGAAAUGUGCUGCGCCCUAGGUAGAGAAAUGAAUAUAUAUGAAAUGAGACAUGCAAUGUUUGCAUACUGUUAGACUCUGUAGAAUAAUAAAUACUUAUUAAGUAACCAACUGA